AUGAGUGGGAAACCCAAAGCCGUAGAAAUGAACGCCGCCCUGUUCACUGCCAAACAGCAGCUGCGCUCUGCCAUGAAGCAGAAGCUGGCUGCUCUCCCGAUGGAGGCCGUCAACGAGCAGAGCCAUGUCAUUCACACCAAAUUGCUCGCCUUCGAGCCUUACCUUGGUGCAAAGCGUAUUAGUGUCUUCCUUUCGAUGCCUUCCGCAGAGGUCCAGACCGAUGCUAUCGUCCAGCACGCUCUGGCCCUGGGGAAGCAGGUAUUUGUUCCUUAUCUGCACAAGUCCCCUUUGCCUACAGCAGGCAGCACCACACCGACGAGGGUGAUGGACAUGGUCCGGCUCGACAGUCUCCAGGAUUACCAGUCUCUCAAGCGUGACAAAUGGGGCAUUCCAAGCAUAGACCCUGCCACAGUCCAUUCGCGGCAGAGGAUAUUGGGUGGUUCCGAUGCACAUCACUCAGACGAAGCUACUCUGGACCUGAUCCUCAUGCCCGGGGUCGCCUUCGACGUGGCCCCCGGGUCCAAGGACGUCAGACGGCUCGGGCACGGCAGGGGCUUCUAUGACUUCUUCCUCGAACGGUAUGCGGAGAAACUGCAGGCGUUGAACCAACAAGGACCUUCUGUAUUGCUCUAUGGCCUGGGCCUCAAGGAGCAGUUCCUGUCCUCUGCGACGGACGAGGUUCCUGUCGGGCCCCGUACCGGUCCUUUCCUGAACUCCAACCAGUAUGCUCCGCUCCCUGGCGUCGGCUCCCAAUCCUUAGGCUAUUCGGGAUGA